GGCUCUGUGUGUCAGCAGCAGAUAGCAGGCGGAGGUGCAGCACGCUGAACCACAGCACGGGGGUGUGACCCCUGCCUCCUCCCAGCCUGGUGCCAUGGCCGACACGAUUUUUGGCAGUGGGACGGGCCAGUGGGUGUGCCCCAAUGACCGGCAGCUGGCUCUGCGUGCCAAGCUCCAGACGGGCUGGUCAGUGCACACGUUCCAGACGGAGAAGCAGAGGAAAAUGCAGGCUCUGAGCCCGCAGGAACUCGAGGUCAUUCUGGAAGUCAUCCGCAAGGCAGAGAAAUUGGACGUCGUCGAGCAGCAGCGCAUAGGGCGCCUGGUGGAGCGGCUGGAGAACAUGAGAAAGAACGCGAUGGGAAACGGCCUCUCCCAGUGUUUGCUCUGCGGGGAGCUGCUCGGGCUGCUGGGGAGCACCUCGGUCUUCUGUCAGGACUGCAAAAAGAAAGUUUGUACCAAAUGUGGCAUAGAAACCUUUGGAACCCAGAAACGUCCUCUUUGGUUGUGCAAGAUCUGCAGCGAACAGAGAGAGGUUUGGAAGAGGUCUGGCGCGUGGUUCUACAAGGGGCUGCCCAAGUACAUCACGCCUUUGAAGAGCAGCAGCAAACCCACCGAGGUGCACUCACAGCCUCGGCAGAGCGAGCCAGCCGUGUCGGAGGCUGAGGGCGUCGGGACCAGCCGUUCCUUCACCUGGGCCAGGGGCAAAGUGGUUUCUAGUGACAGCGAGAGCGACUCGGAGCUCAGUUCCUCCAGCCUGGAUGAGAAGCCCUCGCCUGUGGGGUCAAAAGGCUCGCAGGACAGAAAGCAGCAAGCAGGACUGGCACCCAGUGGGGAGCCCAGCCGGCCCGCGGGCAGGGUGCUGGCGAGCACCCACCCCCCUGCCCUCUCAGGGAGCUGCAGCGGCCUGGGCAGCGAGCAGGGGGCUGCCCUCAGCGCCACUGAGAGCUGCCAGAGCGACCACCCGCCGGAGGGGCACGACAGCGAUGUCGGCAGCAGAGUCCCCGGCAAACGGUACGUUCACACCAGAACCCGCUGCUGACGGAGGUGAAGACGGAGCUGCUUGCCUGGAUCCAACACUUGCCCACUCCUGUAGACCUCACUCCAGACAACAACUGCCACCAGCAGGGACUUCUUUGACGCUGGCUCUUGUACAGACAUUAGCAGCACGUGGGGAAGUGCUGGCCUGUCCUCCCUGCCUUGCUGACCUGAUUUCUGGUUUGGUUUCGUUUGGUUCCCUUCCUACCCGUGACAUAUGCUGGGAGAAGGGUGCUGUACCAUGGGGCCCAGCUGUGUGUCUGCUGGAAGGGGCAAAGUGCUCACUGGGGCUGAAGAAAUGUGUGCUGCUUCUUCUGGCCUGCCAAACUCAGCCCAGGGUUCUGCUCCUGGCCUCACAGUCCUGGCUUUGAUUUCUUCAGGGGAAAGGGGAAUUCACCCCCGUGCUCCUGAAAUAGGGUGUGAGGAGACCACAGCCCCUGUAGUGCUUCUCACCCAAGGGUGAUUUUCUCUCUGUGAGCCCCGAGGGUGAGAGCGGGCUCUGAUUUGCACUAGACUCCAUGUGCCUGGGUUGUCACUCCUUGUAUGUCUUGUCCUUGUUGUUCUGGUUUGAGGUGGUAUGGGUCUGGUGGAGGCAUCCCAAAUGAGCUGCUGAAGCUGAGCUCCCUUCCCCUGAGGUAUCCCUCCCAGACAGGGCUGUCUGCUCAGGGAGGCACUUCAGUGAGU